CUCAUUUUUCACCUGCAAAUCCUUGGACCGUCCUAAAGCUUAUGUGACCCAGCACCAUCCCUUCUCUCUCUCUCUCUCUCUAACUCCUUAUCCUCUCUCUCUCCCUUCUCUUCUCUCUCUCUAACCACCAUGCCUUCUGCAACGAAUGCAUUAUCAAUGGCCGAGAGCUGUUUGGCCUCAGCACCAGUCUUCUUCACCCCCAAAACCCAACACCCAUUUCUCUCAAAAUCCUCAAUCAAACUCCCCAACCAACAUCUCUUGUCAUGGCCAUGGCUCUCUCUCAAGCCCAAGUCUUCGUCUUUUCGCAUAGUCCCACUCGUUGCUCCGACCUCGGACUGGGCUCAGGAGGAGGACACGGAAGAGGAAGAACAAGGCUUAGAUGCUCGCGCUUCUUCCGAUGAAGGCGAGAAUUGGGGAAACGAGAGUUCUGGCAAAGGAGACUUUGUGGGAACUCAAGAGAAACAAGGAGGAGAAGAAGGAGAAGGAGAAGGAGAAGGAGAAUAUUAUCCUGAGCCACCAGAAGAGGCCAAGCUCUAUGUGGGUAAUUUGCCUUUUGAUGUUGAUAGUGAGAAACUUGCUAAUCUCUUCAACCAGGCUGGGAUUGUUGAAAUUGCUGAGGUGAUUUACAAUAGAGAAACAGAUCAGAGUAGAGGGUUUGGGUUUGUGACCAUGAGUACUGUUGAAGAGGCUGAGAAAGCUGUGGAGAUGUUCCACCGAUAUGAUUUAGAUGGUAGAUUCUUGACUGUAAACAAGGCUGCUCCUAGAGGGUCAAGGCCCGAAAGAAGAGUGAAUGAACCUUCUUUCAGAAUCUAUGUUGGUAACCUUCCAUGGCAAGUAGAUGAUGCCCGUUUGGAGCAGGUUUUCAGUGAACAUGGCAAGGUGGUAAAUGCCAGGGUAGUUUACGACCGUGAAUCAGGGCGCUCACGAGGGUUUGGCUUCGUCACAAUGUCUACUGAGACAGAAGUGAAUGACGCAAUUGCUGCUCUUGAUGGACAGAGUUUGGAUGGAAGGGCAAUCAGAGUAAAUGUUGCUGAACAGAGGCCAAGGCGUAAUUCGUUUUCAUUUUAGAUAGAAUGUUAUUCUAUGAGCCUUGCGGUUGUUGUAUAACUUUUGGAGAGAGAUUCAGCAUUUUAUACUUUGUUUAAUUUUAAUUUAUUAUUAUUAUUAUGUACUUAUAGUGUCACCAGAAAGCUUGAUGUGGAAGGAUGGAAAUUUCUUGUCAGGUCCUAUUUUCCCCAUAUUUUCUUCUGUCAUAGUUGAUCAGUCAAAUGCAGUUAACUUCCACAUGUAAUAAUAUUUCAGGGAAGUAUUGCAACUUUAUAUUGAUUCCCGAACUUUUGAUUUUCGUAUUUUUUUUUUC